AUGAGACCAACGUUGAGGAAGGUGGUCUUGAUCGCGCUGUUGGGCCGGGACCAACCUUGCCGAAAGCACAGGUCUGUGUGAGUCCAGAGAUGGUUGAAGUCCCGAAAGCAGGCAGGGGAGUUCCACCGUCUCAUUCAAGAGCUUUGACUGUUUGGAAAGGGAUUCCGAAGUUACUUUCGUCUGGACCGAAGCCAGUUCGAUCACCUGCUCCAGAUGGUUGGAGCCAGGAUCGCCCGGAUGGAUACCAACUACGGGGAGUCCAUCAGCCCAGUUGAACACCUGGCGAUUUGUCUCUGGUAAGCUAAAUUCAAUUGAAUUUGUAAAGCCUUUGAUACCGUAAUUGAUUGGUAUUAUAAAUAUUUGAUGUGCAACCUAGCUAGCUAAAGGCUCUCUAGUUAAUAGCCCCGAUGUGACAUCAGAUGUACCUUUACAGAAUGUUCAUUAAGACUAUAACUUUUCUGAAAGUUGGUUUAAAAUCAUUUUUUUAUGAUGCAAUGUUACCAAAUGAAAAGAAAGUUGGGAUGCCUUCUGCCCUGAUGAAGGUAGGCUAGUCUUCUCCAGGACCCCUUGUUGUUCAAGACAGUUACAGUCAUUCAUUACGUUCUUAUUGAAAUCAUGUACACUCUUAGAAAAAAGGGUUCCAAAGUGUCCUCCUGCUUUCCCCAUAGGAUAACCCUUCUUGGUUCCAGGUAGAACCCUUUUUGGUUCCAGGUAGAACCCUUUUUGUUUCAAGGUAGAACCCUUUGGGGAAAAGGUUAUACAUGAGACCCAAUAGGGUUCUACUUGGAACCAAAAUGGUACUACCUGGAACCAAAAAGGGUUCUUCAAAGGGUUCCCCUAUGGGGACAGCCGUAGAACCCUUUUAGGUUCUAGAUAGCAUCUUUUUUUCUAAGAGUAGAUUUGGCCUGGGCUACAGUUUAUUGAUACAGUCAUAGACUGAAUUGGACUGUUUCAAGGCAUUGUUAAUGAUGGUUGAUGAGUAUUACAAUAUAAUUAGUAGAGCAUAAUAAAUAGUAAUGCGGUAGCUAUAUGUGUAGAUAGAACAUGUGGGUGGAAUUCAAGUUACACACAAUAUUAAUAUAUUUUGAAUUAUAUUUCAGAUUCUUGGCGCCAGGGGACUCCUACAGGACCAUCGGAUUCAGCUUCCAAGUUGGACGGUCCACUUGUGGCAGGCAUUGUCCCAUCUGUGGCACAAGCCAUUUGGGACUGUCUGGUUGGCGAAUACAUGCUUGUCCCCAAGGAGGAAGACUGGAGGGCCAUCGCUGAUGAGUUCCUGGAGAGGUGGAAUUUCCCCAACUGUCUUGGCUCCAUUGACGGGAAACAUGUAGUAAUCCAGGCUCCACCAUGCUCGGGUUCGAAAUUCUACAACUACAAGGGAACAUAUUCAGUUGUACUCUUGGCUGUUGUAGAUGCCAUCUACUGUUUCCGUGUCGUCGAUGUUGUUGCUUACGGCAAGGGAAGUGAUGGCGGGACCCUCCGGGACUCUGCCUUCGGCCAGGCACUUCAGGAUGGCACCCUGGAGAUUCCACCACCUGCAUCACUCCCUGGGGCUGAAGACCUGGGACCCGUUCCCCACGUCUUCAUCGGCGACGAGGCCUUCCCUUUGAGACCCAAUCUCAUGAGGCCCUACGCUGGACGCCAGCUGCCAUUGCCAAAGCCUGUAAGGAUCUUCAACAAACGAUUGUCCAGGGCAAAGUUAGUUGUUGAAUGCGCCUUUGGGAUUAUUUCAGCCCGGUGGAGAAUGUAUUGGAGAGUGCUUGGUCUCAGCCCCUCAAAUGUCGAUGCCUGCGUGAAGGCCACGUGUUCUCCACAACUACCUGCGGAGGGCAUUCCAGGAGCUGCUCCGGAUAGAGAUGGGCACGCCAAGAGGUCACCUACCUGAUGUCACCAGGGCAGGUGCCAACAACACCCCCAGACAGGAACUCCAGGUGAGGGAGAAGCUGACCACCUACUUCUCAUCGCCAGCAGGUGAAGUUCCAUGGCAGCAUGCCAUAGAGUGA